AUGGACGAGGUGUCACAGUACUUGGCAGGUCGGUACAUAAGCAGUGGUAAAGCUUUUUGGCGGAUAUUCGGGUUUCCACUUCACCAAAGGCACCCCGCCAUCAUACAACUAGCGGUUCAUUUGGAAAAUGGCCAGCGAACUUACUUUACUGAACAGACUGCAGCUGAAUUGGCGGCAAAUCCAAAUCAAACAACUUUGACCGGUUUCUUUAGGCUUUGCCAACUUGACACAUUUGCUAAAACACUUUUAUACCCUCAGGUCCCGUCCUACUACGUGUGGUCAAACAACAAUUGGGUGCGUAGGAAGUCGGGUCAGGAUGUUGAAGGACAUCCUGGCGUCAAGUUUAACAGUUGUCUAGGAAGAGUCUACACUGUACCUCCAAACCAACAUGAGUGUUUUCACCUGCGCCUUCUCCAUGAGGUUUUAGGCCCACAAAGUUUUCAAGACAUCAGAACUGUUGAUGGUGUAUUAUGUGAUACUUUCCGCGAAGCCUGUUUUCGGCGUCGACUUUUGGAGGAUGAUUCACAAUGGGGCGCCACUAUGGCAGAGGGUGUUUCGUUAAAAUCUCCUAAAAAAUUCAGAUCGCUUUUCGCUAUUCUACUACUAUGGUGUGACUUGGCUAAUCCCGCCUCUUUAUGGCUUACCUACAAAGAUUAUAUGUCUGAAGAUUUCCUGUGUCACGCUCAAUCGCUACAUCCAUCAAUGGAGAAAACUGGCUGUCAGAGCAAAAACAAGCUGGACAUUGAUGUAUUGAGUGCUGAAGGAGGAUAUCUGGACGCAUCCCUCCAAGAUGAUCCACCAUCAUGA